GCUAAAUCAUUGCAGUAUAUCCCUGUUAAACUGUAUAUAAUAACAAUUGUGUGUUUUGUUGCAGGGAAAAUGCCAAGAAACCGGAUAAAACCACUAGGGACUAGAAAUUACGGUAACUACAAACCAGAAAUAUUGGAUGAAUGUCUUGAGGCCAUACGAUCAGGUGAGUUAACACAAAGAGCUGCAGAAACAAGGUAUGGCAUUCCUCGUUCUACAAUUAAGAAUAAAUUGAAAGGCAGGCAUAUGAAUACAGUUGGUCGAGCAAGAACAUUUAGCGAUGAAGAAGAGCUGGCUUUUGAAAAGCACUUGAUAACACUAUCUGACUAUGGAUUUCCAGUUGUUGAGACUGAUUUCAGAUAUGCAGUAAAAUGCUAUUUAGAUAAGAAAGGUGUCAAGAUAGAUAGGUUUCAAAACAACCUCCCUGGCUACGAAUGGACCAAAUCGUUUUUGAAAAGGCAUGAGAAGCUGACAAGUCGUCUCAGCUCUAACAUAAAAAAAGUAAGAGCUGAAGUUGGUGCUAAAGAUAUUGAAAAUUACAUGGAAAACCUGAAAGAAGUUAUCGAAAACGUUCCUGCCACUCAUAUUUGGAACUACGAUGAAACAAAUCUUUCAGAUGACCCUGGAAACAAAAAGGUAAUUUGUAAGAGGGGAGCUAAAUAUGUGGAAAACAUAUGCAAUCAUAGUAAAAGUGCAACCUCUCUCAUGUUUUCUGGAAAUGCUGCAGGGACUCUUCUCCCCCCCUAUGUAGUGUACAAGGCAGAUAACAUGUGGACAACUUGGACUGAGAAUGGACCAGCAGGGGCUCGUUAUAAUCGUUCUAAAAGUGGCUGGUUUGACGCUAUAUGUUUCGAAGAUUGGUUUGAGUCGUUGUUCUUACCUCAUGUGAGAACUCAAAAUGGGCCAAAAGUUAUUAUCGGGGAUAACUUGUCUUCACACAUUAGUUUAAACGUACUUAGGCUUUGUGAAGAAAACAAUGUUAAAUUUGUCUGCUUACCACCGAACUCCACCCAUCUUACACAACCUCUAGAUGUGGCCUUCUUUUCCCCCAUGAAAAAGUCAUGGCGAGCAAUCUUAAGCAAAUGGAAAGAGUCCGCUUCUGGCUCUAAGUUCACAACCAUUCCAAAGGACGCAUUUCCGACUCUAUUAAAAGAGUUAAUGGCUAGUUUGGCAGAAAAUCAAGAAAGAAACCUGAUGGCUGGAUUUGAAAAGUGUGGAAUCCAUCCUUUUAACAAACAGAAACUACUAGACAGGCUGCCAGAAAACCAACCGGUUGACAACACAGUAAUAGGAGAAGCCUUUCUUGAGCAACUGGAGAAAAAGAGAGCUGAAUACUUGACGAAAGAUGGCCCCAAAAAGAGAAAGAAGAAGCUGCAAGUGCCCGCAGGAAAGAGUGUUUCGGUUAAGGAUGUAGAAGAAGCUACCGGUAUCUUAGAAGCAACCAAUAAACCCUCUUCGUCAAAGCAGACUUCGUCAAAAUCUGAGAAAGAAAAAGUUCCCAAGAAGAAGCAUAAACAGACUUACAAUUCUUCUUCGGAUGAAGACGAUGUGGAAAUGGUAUUAGAGUCAGAUGGAGUGAGUGAAUCAUUUUCAGACCUAGAAGACCUUCAGGAAGAAUCUAAGAAAGCCGAACCUACUGCUGAAACAAAAAAACAAAAAUGGAAAGCAGAAGAUUUUGCCGUUGAUAACUUUGUAAUUGUGAUCUACAAUGGUCAAAAGUACCCUGGCAAAAUAGUAAGCAUUUUUGAUCAUGGCCCAGUAGUUGAGUGCAUGGAGAAGAAAAUAAAAUUCUGGCGCUGGCCUGAGAAGCAAGACCGCAUGGCCUAUGACUGGGAUGACGUUUGGGAAAAAAUAAAUCCUCCUAAAAUAGCAUCAAAGAGGAACCAGUUCACAGUCCCAGAACUAGACAAUUUCGUGGAAUAACUUGAAAUAUUUUUACUUCCUUUUGUAACAAUAAAGUGUGAUUUUUACUUCGUUUUGUAACAAUAAAGUGUGGUUUUCUUAGCAGUUUGUUUUCCUUUUCCACUUUUUUGUCCAAAUCAUAAAGUUUAAAAGUAAAAAUCUAAUAAACUUGAAAACUGAAUACUUGAAAAGAAUCUUGUAUAGGGUAACUUUGCUCCACUUAUGAUAUGGUACUAAAUUUCAAAGGUUUUAAUGGAUGGGACAAAGUUACCCCAAUCCCAGGUAACUUUGUCCCAAUUUUUAAAAAUUUUUUAUCUAGGUUAGGAAAAUUAUUAGGGACUUAUACUAAUGCUUAAAUUUGUGGCACAUAAUCGAAUAAUAACUGGAAAAACUUAAAACACAAUCUUCAUCACAAAUAGAUUGGUAAAAACUGGUUUGUUUCACAAAAAACUGGGAAAGUUGGGCCAAAGUUACCCCAGUUGACGGGUCAGUUGGGGUAACAUUGGCCCUUUGAGGUUAACUUUGGCCCAAAACUAGAAAAAGUUUAAAUGUUCUGUAUUUUGACAUCUAGGUUGAUUUACUCACUAAGUUCUAGCAUUUCCCGAUAGAUAGCAACACUGGCCAGACUUCUGAGCCAACCUGGGUAUAGUUACACGUUUCACCACCAAUGCAGUGCUGCUCCAUCUUGGUGUUGUCAAAGUGCUGGAUUUUGUUGUCUUCCAACUUUUGUUUCCUCAAGCUUAUUUUUAAGCUGUUGAGAGCUGGGAAAAUGCCAAGAAACCGGAUAAAACCACUAGGGACUAGAAAUUACGGUAACUACAAACCAGAAAUAUUGGAUGAAUGUCUUGAGGCCAUACGAUCAGGUGAGUUAACACAAAGAGCUGCAGAAACAAGGUAUGGCAUUCCUCGUUCUACAAUUAAGAAUAAAUUGAAAGGCAGGCAUAUGAAUACAGUUGGUCGAGCAAGAACAUUUAGCGAUGAAGAAGAGCUGGCUUUUGAAAAGCACUUGAUAACACUAUCUGACUAUGGAUUUCCAGUUGUUGAGACUGAUUUCAGAUAUGCAGUAAAAUGCUAUUUAGAUAAGAAAGGUGUCAAGAUAGAUAGGUUUCAAAACAACCUCCCUGGCUACGAAUGGACCAAAUCGUUUUUGAAAAGGCAUGAGAAGCUGACAAGUCGUCUCAGCUCUAACAUAAAAAAAGUAAGAGCUGAAGUUGGUGCUAAAGAUAUUGAAAAUUACAUGGAAAACCUGAAAGAAGUUAUCGAAAACGUUCCUGCCACUCAUAUUUGGAACUACGAUGAAACAAAUCUUUCAGAUGACCCUGGAAACAAAAAGGUAAUUUGUAAGAGGGGAGCUAAAUAUGUGGAAAACAUAUGCAAUCAUAGUAAAAGUGCAACCUCUCUCAUGUUUUCUGGAAAUGCUGCAGGGACUCUUCUCCCCCCCUAUGUAGUGUACAAGGCAGAUAACAUGUGGACAACUUGGACUGAGAAUGGACCAGCAGGGGCUCGUUAUAAUCGUUCUAAAAGUGGCUGGUUUGACGCUAUAUGUUUCGAAGAUUGGUUUGAGUCGUUGUUCUUACCUCAUGUGAGAACUCAAAAUGGGCCAAAAGUUAUUAUCGGGGAUAACUUGUCUUCACACAUUAGUUUAAACGUACUUAGGCUUUGUGAAGAAAACAAUGUUAAAUUUGUCUGCUUACCACCGAACUCCACCCAUCUUACACAACCUCUAGAUGUGGCCUUCUUUUCCCCCAUGAAAAAGUCAUGGCGAGCAAUCUUAAGCAAAUGGAAAGAGUCCGCUUCUGGCUCUAAGUUCACAACCAUUCCAAAGGACGCAUUUCCGACUCUAUUAAAAGAGUUAAUGGCUAGUUUGGCAGAAAAUCAAGAAAGAAACCUGAUGGCUGGAUUUGAAAAGUGUGGAAUCCAUCCUUUUAACAAACAGAAACUACUAGACAGGCUGCCAGAAAACCAACCGGUUGACAACACAGUAAUAGGAGAAGCCUUUCUUGAGCAACUGGAGAAAAAGAGAGCUGAAUACUUGACGAAAGAUGGCCCCAAAAAGAGAAAGAAGAAGCUGCAAGUGCCCGCAGGAAAGAGUGUUUCGGUUAAGGAUGUAGAAGAAGCUACCGGUAUCUUAGAAGCAACCAAUAAACCCUCUUCGUCAAAGCAGACUUCGUCAAAAUCUGAGAAAGAAAAAGUUCCCAAGAAGAAGCAUAAACAGACUUACAAUUCUUCUUCGGAUGAAGACGAUGUGGAAAUGGUAUUAGAGUCAGAUGGAGUGAGUGAAUCAUUUUCAGACCUAGAAGACCUUCAGGAAGAAUCUAAGAAAGCCGAACCUACUGCUGAAACAAAAAAACAAAAAUGGAAAGCAGAAGAUUUUGCCGUUGAUAACUUUGUAAUUGUGAUCUACAAUGGUCAAAAGUACCCUGGCAAAAUAGUAAGCAUUUUUGAUCAUGGCCCAGUAGUUGAGUGCAUGGAGAAGAAAAUAAAAUUCUGGCGCUGGCCUGAGAAGCAAGACCGCAUGGCCUAUGACUGGGAUGACGUUUGGGAAAAAAUAAAUCCUCCUAAAAUAGCAUCAAAGAGGAACCAGUUCACAGUCCCAGAACUAGACAAUUUCGUGGAAUAACUUGAAAUAUUUUUACUUCCUUUUGUAACAAUAAAGUGUGAUUUUUACUUCGUUUUGUAACAAUAAAGUGUGGUUUUCUUAGCAGUUUGUUUUCCUUUUCCACUUUUUUGUCCAAAUCAUAAAGUUUAAAAGUAAAAAUCUAAUAAACUUGAAAACUGAAUACUUGAAAAGAAUCUUGUAUAGGGUAACUUUGCUCCACUUAUGAUAUGGUACUAAAUUUCAAAGGUUUUAAUGGAUGGGACAAAGUUACCCCAAUCCCAGGUAACUUUGUCCCAAUUUUUAAAAAUUUUUUAUCUAGGUUAGGAAAAUUAUUAGGGACUUAUACUAAUGCUUAAAUUUGUGGCACAUAAUCGAAUAAUAACUGGAAAAACUUAAAACACAAUCUUCAUCACAAAUAGAUUGGUAAAAACUGGUUUGUUUCACAAAAAACUGGGAAAGUUGGGCCAAAGUUACCCCAGUUGACGAAACAAAAAUUA